AUGGUGGUAUAUGGGCAGGUUUGGAGGAGGAUUUUGAAGUCAGUGAUGGUGUUUUUCAGAAUUGAUAAAUUGAAGGAGAUUGUAAGAUUUACAAAAGAAUUCAUGCUUUGGCGAUAUGCGGGGAAACUUGGAAAUGUUGUUGUCGUGGGUGGUGGUGAAAAUAGGGAUAUGCCAAUGGUUUCAGAAUCCCCCGGUACAGUUACCGUAACAUUACCAUCGGAGCAAAGCCGGAGACUAUUUACGGAUCGUUACACUGUCGAGAGGAUAUCGCACCGGCUAUUUGCUCAGCUUGUGUUCAGCUUGCAAACCGAUGAAGUUAUGAAAGACUCCGGGUGUCCAAAUAAAAAAACUGCUAUUAUGUUCUACAAUGGAUGUGUUUUAAGGUAUUCAGAUGAGAAUUACUUCUCAAUCUUGAAUGAUGAACCAUCCAUUGAAUUAACGGGUAAAGACAAUGGAGUCGCAAACCAAGUUCAAUUUAUAGACACAGCAACUAGAUUACUAGAUGAUUUAGUGAUUGAAGCUGUUACUAAUACUUCUAUCAGUCCUUCUUUAUAUGCUACUCGUUCAGCAAAUUACACAAGAUUUAAUCAAGUUUAUGUAAUGGUUCAGUGUACACCAGAUUUGACACCGAUUCUCUGUAAUAGAUGUCUUAGAUCAGCUCUUGGGAAAUUAUCUACAUGUUGUUCCGAUGCACAAGGGGGUACAUUAUCAAAUGGACAAGAAAUAGCUGUGAAAAGACUUUCUAGAAACUCAAGUCAAGAUACUGUGAGACGGACGCAUUUAGAUUGGGGAAAGCGAUACAAGAUUGUUGGAGGAAUUGUUAGAGGUCUUCUUUAUUUUCACGAGGAUUCUCGGCUCAGGAUAAUUCAUCGAGAUCUCAAAGCUAGUAAUAUAUUAUUAGCCGAAGACAUGAUUCCCAAAAUUUCAGAUUUUGGAAUGGCGAGGCUUUUUAAGGUAGAUCAAGUCAAGCUAGUACAAACAUGGAGGCAUUGGCAGAAUGGAACAACUUUAGAACUAUUGGAUUUAAGUUUCAAAGAGACUUGUUCGAGAAGUGAAGCAAUGAGAUGUAUCCACAUUGCCCUUUUAUGUGUUCAAGACAGUAUUGUUGAUAGACCUACCAUGGCCUUCGCCAUCUUAAUGCUUAGUAGCAGCUCCAUGACUUUCCCAUUACCUAAACAACCUGCAUAUUUUGUAUCCCAUCAAGCUGUACUGGAAGAGGUAUGGAGAGUAAAUGAGGCAUCUGUUACUGAACUGGAUCCUCGUUAA